AUGGACUACGUUGGAAUAUUUUCGCUUUUGAUGGUUAUCACUGGUUUGUUGCAAGUUGUUUUUGUGCUGUUAUGUUUGUGGUUUAUUUCGGUCCGGUGCUUAUUCACCUGUAUCAAGAACGACCAUACCGGAAGCAUUACGCUGUGGUUUGAAUUUCAAAAAACGAAGUAUAUUUAUGAUGCAGAGGAGAAAAAGGCAUUUCGACCUAUCACAUUUCCAGUGGAUCUUCUUUACGGUAGCUAUAUGCAGAGCGGUGGUCACAGAAGCACGGAGUCUCUUGAAGAGGCCAUCGAGCGAUACGGCUCUAAUAGGAUGAAAAUAUCCAUACCGAAAUUUGCCGAACUUUUCAAGGAGCGUGCGACGGCUCCGUUUUUUGUCUUCCAAGUGUUUUGCGUGUCUCUUUGGUGUCUGGACGAAUUCUGGUACUACUCUAUUUUCACCCUUAUGAUGUUGGUCAUCUUCGAAGCGACGUUAGUCAAGCAGCAGAUGAAGAAUAUGACUGAAAUCCGGAACAUGGGCAACAAGCCGUACCCAAUACACGUUUAUCGUAAUAGCAGGUGGAUUAAAGUAUCUACUGAAGAACUUGUCGUUUAUGACAUCAUUUCUGUUGGCCGGUCACACAGUGAGAACACCGUUCCGUGUGACAUAUUACUUCUUCGUGGUACUUGCAUUGUCGAUGAAUCGAUGCUCACCGGCGAAUCUGUUCCGCAAAUGAAGGAACCGAUCGAAAACGCGGAACCAACCAAAUAUUUGGACAUCGAAAUGGACGGAAAGUUACGCGUUCUUUUCGGCGGCACGCGGGUCGUUCAGUAUGCUGGCCCUCCUAAAACGGGCCCUGGAAUAAAGGCGCCAGAUGGUGGUUGCAUAGGAUGCGUUCUUAGAACGGGCUUCAACACUAGUCAGGGCCGACUGCUUCGCACGAUUCUGUUUGGCGUCAAGCGAGUAACUGCCAACAACAUGGAGACAUUCUGUUUUAUUCUUUUCUUGCUUAUUUUUGCCAUUGCUGCAGCGGCCUACGUUUGGAUUAAGGGUAUGAUUUUUGCCUUAUUAUUGUUCUGUUUUGACCGUUAUUUUACCGUAGAGUGUGGCUCUUUGAUGCGGUCAAUCAGUUGUUCAUCCUCUAGUUUCGAUCCUAAGUCUCUAAAGAAUUGCUCAACGUCAGUAACUUGCUAUACCACUUAGAA